AUGGAUUUUUUUGGGCAACCCAGACCAGAAGAUAACCGGUCAGUAGUCAGCAGAAUGCAAAAGAAAUACUGGAAAACCAAACAGGUCUUUAUCAAAGCAACCGGGAAAAAGGAGGAUGAGCACAUAGUGGCAUCUGAUGCUGAACUGGAUGCUAAACUUGAGGUUUUUCACUCCAUUCAAGAGACAUGCACUGAACUUCUGAAGAUAGUUGAGAAAUAUCAGCUAAGACUCAAUGUUGUAUCGGAGGAAGAAAACGAACUAGGGCUCUUUUUAAAGUUCCAAGCAGAACGGGAUACAACGCAGGCUGGCAAAAUGAUGGAUGCUGCUGGCAAGGCACUCUGUUCUUCAGCCAAGCAAAGAUUGGCUCUGUAUACUCCCCUGUCUCGUCUUAAGCAAGAAGUAGCAACAUUCAGUCAAAGGGCAGUAUCUGAUACCUUGAUGACAGUUAAUCGGAUGGAGCAGGCGCGCACAGAAUAUAGAGGAGCUCUGUUGUGGAUGAAAGACAUAUCCCAAGAACUGGACCCAGACACCUUAAAACAAAUGGAAAAGUUCCGAAAAGUACAGAUCCAAGUGAGAAAUAGCAAAGCUUCUUUUGACAAGUUAAAGAUGGAUGUUUGUCAGAAAGUGGAUUUACUUGGAGCUAGUCGCUGCAAUAUGUUGUCUCAUUCACUCGCUACCUACCAGAGGACACUGCUUGGAUUCUGGGAGAAAACAGCUCGAAUGAUGUCCCAAAUACAUGGGACCUGUAUUGGCUUUCAUCCAUAUGAUUUUGUAGCUCUCAAGCAACUACAAGACACUCCAGUCAAGCUUACUGAAGACCACAAGGAAGAACGAAUAGAAGACAGUUCUCUCCCGGAAAACCUCAAUAAGUUAGUUUUGUCAGAUGAGGAAGUGAGCUUGGGAAGUGAACCAGCAACUGAAGAUCACAGGGAAAAACAUUCUGGAAUAAGAGAACUUGGAGCACCUCAGUUUUCUAACUCUGAAAAUGUUGAAAAAGAUGUACCAGUAGAUUCAUUGGAAGAUGAUUUUGAGAAGGAAUUCUCAUUUCUGAACAGCCUCCUAAGUCCUGGUUGUUGGAGUGCUAGUGAAUUUUCCCAGGAAUGCCAGGCUGUCUUUGGGAGCCCCAAGGCCAGUCUUACAUCCCAGGAGCCUUCUGGGGGAUCUGAGCCUCUUCCUCACUCCUCACGAUUCCUUCCUUCACAACUCUUUGACCUUGGCCUUCACGCUGCUGGAGCUUUCAACAGCUGGGCUUCCCAAGGGGGAUUAGAACUUCCUCUUUCACACAUUGAUAACCAGUCAGUGCCUUCACAGAGUCCAAAGAAAUUAACAAAAUCUCCCAACAGUGGUAACCAAGACAUGUCAGCCUGGUUCAAUCUAUUUGCAGACUUGGAUCCGCUUUCAAACCCAGAUGCUAUUGGACACUCAGACGAUGAACUUCUUAAUGCUUGACUGAAGUUAUGAUGCCACUUCAAUGGCCUUGAGACACCAAUUUUGCAACUUACUGCCUUUGUGGAAAGGAGUUUAUGUUGUCACCCAUAUACGAAAACCUUGUGUUUUCAAGGUUAGACAGAUGGAAAGGACGACGUUUUAAUACAUUAAGUAUCUCUUUACUAUCUUGGAUUUGCAGCUGUUGAUAAUAUAUGGAAAAUAUUAGAAACUAUUGAGUCUGAAAUACAUACCAAAAGUUAGUUCAAAAAUAACAGCUAGGAAUAAUUAUCAGUAGGAGUUGUGUUUAUCUGUUUGGAAAGCCUUUUAUGUAUAAGUUGCCUUGCUGGCUGUGAGAAUUCUAUAUCUAGAGAAAGGACAGCAUGUAAACUGGGUUGUGAUUUGGGGUUGGUUUCUAAAUAAAAUGGUGGCAGGGGGAAUUCUCUGUUGUGGAAAAUAGCACUAGAACCAGACCAGUUUUUUCCUUAGUUAGAAUGGUAGAAUAAGACUUGACAACUCAGUUUGCUUCAGUGAAAUCACAGAGAAACUUGUUUUCUCCACUUGGAGGCUAAAAUGUAAUAUUCCUUAGUUUUUUUCCUUCAUACAAAAUCAUGGAUACCCUCUGAUUUCAUUAUUGAAUUUUCCUGUGGAAGUAGCAGGAUGAUUUAUUUGCUAAGAAGUCCAUCCUCUGCAUAAACAGAAAAAUGUCUCUUACCAUUUUAUAAACCACAAGACUGUCGACCCUAUGGUACUUCAGACAUUGUCCAAGUGUCUUCAGGCCUGAUUCUUCACACAUUGCUAC